GAAAAUACGUUCGUCGUAUAGGACAAAGAAAAGGGCUUCACAGCUGACACCAUUUUAGCAUCGAAGAGAGAAAAACGAAGGGAAAAAAAAGAGGGAGAAAAAAUGGGUUACGUAUUGAGAGUAAGAUUGGCUUCAUUCUUUGCAGGAGCAGCAACAGCAUCAUUUGCAGGACUCUAUCUCCUUUACAAAGAUUUCAAGGUUGCCCAUGAUGCCAUCUCUCAACAGGUGGAAAGCGUUCAUGAGUCACUGGAUAGACGGAUCUCUAAUUUGGAAAAAUUGAAACAAAAUGAAGCUUCACAACCUCUGCAAGCAGCAGAGUAGGAGCCUUGAGGCAUUCUGCUGUACUUUGAUGUUGUGACAUCAGACAUGCUUUUCUGAUAUUGCCGCUGGUUUCUUUACGGAUUUUCCCCUCUUGUUUAAGAAUAAUCAUGACUUCUAACUAUCUUCAUGGUAAUACUCAAAUCAGUUCACAAAUUUUCUUGAAGAUGCAAGAUUGCAAUUUGUAUUGGAUGAAUGGCAAUGCACGAGCAUUCAAUUUUUUUUUGUCUGGUGCUAGCAUGUAAGAUGUUUGGAAAAGUUAUGUAAUAUGUCUUCCUUGUCCAGGAGACGAUAUACAGGCCUUCUUCAAAGCUGGUGGCAA